AUGACAUUGAAGAUUGAAAACUAUAUUACUUUAUUUGUAUCAAAAAAUUAUAGAGAAAGCCACUUAAAAGUAUCAUUAGAGUAUUCGAAUAUGGCUUCCAAGAAAGUAUCUUCAAAGAACGAUGAGAAACCUCCUAAACUAAGCAAUAAAGAGAAGGAAAAGGAAAGUGGCAGUAGCAGUAGCAGCAGCUCUUCAAGCUCUUCCAGCUCCUCCAGCUCAUCGAGUUCCAGCUCUAGUUCCAGUUCCAGCUCCUCCUCUUCCUCUUCCUCAUCUGAAGCUGAACCAGAAACUAAGAAGAAGACUACAAAGAAGGUAAAGAAGAGCGCAACUUUGAAGAAGUCAUCUGACUCAAGUGAUAGCUCCUCCUCCUCAAGUUCUAGUUCAUCUAGUGAUUCAGAAUCCUCUAGCUCUAGUUCAUCUAGUGAUUCAGAAUCCUCUAGCUCUAGUUCAUCUAGUGAAUCAGAUUCAUCCAGCUCCAGCUCCAACUCCUCCAGUGAUUCCGAUUCAUCAUCUAGUUCUAGCUCAUCCAGUGAUUCCGAUUCAUCAUCUAGUUCUAGCUCAUCCAGUGAUUCCGAUUCCUCAUCCGGUUCCAGCUCAGACUCUGAUUCGGACUCGAGUUCCAGUUCUGGUUCCAGUUCCAGCUCGGACUCAGACUCAGACUCUGAUUCCAGCUCAAGUUCAAGCUCUGAUUCCAGCUCAAGUUCGAGCUCUGAUUCCGACUCCUCUAGCUCAAGUUCUGACUCUGACUCCAGUUCAAGCUCCGAUUCCGAUUCCGAUUCUUCAUCUGAAUCUGAAAAGGAAACAGAUUCCAAGAAGAGAUCCAGAGAAGAAAGUGAUGAUGAAAAGAAAGAUACCAAGAAACAAGAUACUAAAGAAAACGAUUCUUCCAACUCUUCUGACAAUGGAACCACCUCUUCAUCCGGUGAAGGGUCUAAUAAGUUGGCAAUUUCCGCUGGUGUUGAUGAAAUAAAGGAGGGACAAAGGAAACAUUUUUCUAGAAUUGAAAGAGAAAAAAUUUCUUUUGAAGCAUGGGAAUUGACUGAUAAUACAUAUAAGGGUGCCGCUGGUACUUGGGGUGAAAUGGCAAAUGAAAAAUUAGGUAAAGUGAGAGGUAAGGAUUUCACUAAGAAUAAGAACAAGAUGAAGAGGGGUGGUUACAGAGGUGGUACUAUCACUAUGGAAUCCGGUUCCUAUAAAUUUCAAGAUUAA